UUCAGUUCGUUGAGUUCGUUCAGUUAUAAAGUAUACGUCGUUCGGGUUGGUUUCGAGUUGGACCCAAUUCAAAUAAAAUAAAUCGCGAGCUUUGUCAAAUGAUUGCCAUAAGUGAAAAUUUUUGUUAAAAGAAAAGUGACUAAUAGUGCGCCAAAAAUAAAUUUUCGCGAUCGGCGUGCUUAUUGUAAUUGAAAAUAAAGUAAAAUACGCAACUGCAAAAAUGAACCUCAUAUUUGUGGUGGUGAUCGUCGUCUUUUUAAAGACGACAACAAACGCGUAUACCAGUUUAUCGAAUGGCAUAAAUAAUAAUAAUCUUGACGCGAGGAAUUCGACCUUGAGCAGGACCACCUCUCGCCCACCCACCAACCGCUUUCUGCUCCGCUUCAGCCUCCCCCAAGACGACUUAGACGACUACGAGAACAAGGAGGACGACUACGACUAUGCGGAUGCCACCGAAGAUCCGGAGCCGCAGGGCCAAGACAACCUGUCCCAGUUCCUCCACAAGCGCGUGCCGCGUGAGCAGACCAGCCGCUAUCACGCCCGCAGUCUCAAUGAAAAGUUCAGGUCGCAGGUCGGCGAUAAUCACCUGCGUUUCCCCGCCGACGAUGAGCAGAGCGACGACUAUCAAUCCGAUCAGCAGCCGGGCGUUUUGACAAGAUUUAAAACGCAGAUGCUGGGAACCCAAAGAGACGUCGAGGAAUUCAGGGAAAGGACAUAUAAUAGUACUCGCAAUGCCCAACUGAACCGCUUGGCCGCCGAGCACCUGAGGAUGAUGGCCACUGAGGGAAUCUGCCGGGAGCCCAGGCAGGAGGUCACCUACAUCACGAGGGAGACCAACACGAUGUACUCGCCACGUGCCACCAUCCUAAAUAGGUGCAGCGACUUGAACGGCUGCUGCGACGUGGGCUUCACCUGCCAGGCGAAGGAGAAGGAGUGGGUGCAGCGGGUCUUCACCGUGCGGAUUGGCAACUACAGCCAGACCAAGGUCCUCGAAAUGGAGAACCACACGCUGUGCGGUUGUGUGAAGGUGGGGAUGCGACGGAAACGCAGCCCCAACUGCCAGUGCCCCAAGCACUUCAUCGACUUCAGCUGGAAGGGAUCCCAUCCGGAGACAGUGGGGCAAAUGGAGCGGGAUCGGGUGGCGAGUCGAUGCCGAUGCGACUGCCACCUCAGCGACUUCACCUGCAAGCGGUUAAAGAACGGCGAGGAGGGAUUCUCGGUGAUGGAGCGACUUCGCAUUCAAAAUGGAGACAGCAGUCCGCCGUUCUGCAAUUACGGACCUUAUGAUAUGAAAAAUGGGCGCUGUCCGCGCCCGGGACUCCCAAACGGAAAUAUGAAUCUGAAAAAACAAUUCCAGCCUAGGCGCCAACAUGGCCAGAGCUAAACCAAAUCCUCAAAAUACACUUUAACCAUAAUACUAUUUAAAUGCCCAAUAGCCAUAGAACGAAAUGUAUUCAGAACUGACUCCUUCGAUUGACGAAGAGACUUCCCCGAUGAUAAUUGUUACACCAAAUGCAUUUUGUGGGAACUUCCAUAUGAUUAGUCGUUAGUAUUAUGAGCCAUAAUAUUUAAACAAGUCUUUUAUUACACGGAAAAGAGAACCCUUUAAAAGGUAACGCCUUAAGCCCGUUUAAUUUUUAAAACAAUGCCGGCCCAUUUAAAUAUUUUUCAUGAAGCUCCAAAAAAUACUUUUUUUAACACCUGAGCAACUGUACUUAGUUUGAAAACAAUCAGUUCCUUAACUAACUUAAUCCUUUUCUGAAAAAGCAAAGUCCUGCCGACUGUACUUGAUUUUAUCCGUUUUUCUUUUCUGGGUGUAAUGAUAUUUUUUGUUCUGAUACAGCUAAGAAACAAUUUAAAUAGAUUUUGCUGCAGGUACUCCUAAAAAUCUGCUGUUUUAGUAAUUAAUGCUGAAAGUAAGAUGCCAGUUAAACCAGCUAGAAACAAAAAAAUAUAUUUAAAAGAGAGUGCCAAGUUCCGAUGAGAAGAAGUAUUGCUGAACAACAUUCGAGAGUACUUAAGUUAAUGUCAAUUAAGUUCAUCUCCUAGUUUCUUAUGUAAUAUACUUAUAUUGUAUACAAAUAAACGAUACUUCUAGUCACAUCAA